AUGGAGGAUGACCACAGUAACGAUAAAGCGACCGUCGACACCGCCAAAGCCGACCGAUCUGUCUGGCUCAUGAAGUGCCCGCCCGUUGUCUCCAAGGCGUGGCAAUCCACCGCCGCCACCGCCGCCGAAUCUCCGACCGUCGCCAAAGUGGUUGUCUCCCUCGAUCUCCUCCGGCCCGAAGAUCCCCCCGCCCUCCAAUUCACUAUGGAGAUGGCUGGGGGUGAGUCUGUGACUGUACCCAAGAGCUACUCGCUCAACAUGUUCAAGGAUUUUGUUCCCAUGGCUAUUUUCUCUGAGACAACUGAAGGUGAAGUGGCAAUGGAAGGGAAAGUGGAGCACAAAUUUGACAUGAAGCCUCACCAUGCAAAUCUUGAAGAGUACAGAAAACUGUGUCGAGAAAGGACAAAUAAAUCCAUGGUCAAGAAUAGACAAAUUCAGGUGCUUGAUAAUGAUCGUGGUGUGCACAUGAGGCCUAUGCCUGGGAUGAUGGGGCUAGUUACAUCGACUUCUAAGGAAAAGAAAAAAGCAGCUCCGGUAAAGAGUUCGGAUAUGAAAAGAACAAGAAGGGAUCGUGGGGAGCUUGAAGAAAUUAUGUUUAAGCUUUUCGAAAGGCAGCCUAAUUGGACACUGAAGCAGUUGGUUCAAGAGACAGAUCAACCUGCUCAAUUUAUGAAGGAGAUAUUGAAUGAGCUGUGUGUAUACAAUAAAAGGGGUGCAAAUCAAGGUACAUAUGAGCUGAAGCCAGAGUAUAAGAAAUCUGCUGAGGAUGCAGAGUACGGGAAAACAUACAGCUCCGACCAAGAAAGACAGCGCCGGCUCGAAGUGUUCGAGAAAAACUAUGAAUUUGUGGCCCACCACAAUACGAGGGCCAAUUCUUCUUACACCCUUUCUAUGAAUGCCUUUGCUGAUCUCACUAACCAUGAGUUUAAGGUCAGGUACUUGGGGCUGUCGCCGCCUUCCGGGAGGGAUUUGUUGAUCAGGCUUAAAGGCGGGCCGGGCUCGGUUGAAGGGCCCGAUCUUGUGAGGGAAUCUGAUGUUCCAUCUUCCUUGGAUUGGAGGGAGAAAGGGGCUGUUACUGGAGUGAAAGAUCAGGGGAGUUGUGGUGCGUGCUGGUCGUUCUCAGCCACGGGUGCAGUUGAGGGCAUUAAUCAGAUUAAGUCAGGAUCUCUUGUAAGUUUGUCCGAACAAGAGCUGAUAAACUGUGACAAGUCAUAUAAUGCAGGUUGUGGGGGAGGGCUCAUGGACUACGCUUACGAGUUCAUCAUAAAAAAUAAAGGGAUCGAUACUGAAGAAGAUUAUCCGUACCGAGGGCGAGAGGGGACAUGCGACAAAAAUAAACUCAAAAGACACGUUGUGACCAUCGAUAGUUAUGCCGACAUACCACCUAAAAACGAGAAAAAGCUAUUACAAGCUGUGGCCACUCAGCCUAUAAGUGUCGGCAUAUGUGGCAGUGACUCGUCAUUCCAGCUUUACUCAAAGGGAAUAUUUUCGGGCCCGUGCUCGACUUCUCUUGAUCAUGCAGUCCUAAUAGUCGGUUACGACACUAAAGACGGGAAGGACUAUUGGAUAAUAAAGAACUCAUGGGGAAAAUACUGGGGAAUGAGUGGGUACAUGCUCAUGCAGAGGAACACCGGGAGUGCGGAAGGAGUGUGUGGGAUCAACAUGCUGGCCUCGUACCCGAUCAAGAAAAGACCGAACCCACCACCCUCGCCGGGCCCAGGCCCAACAAAGUGCAAUCUCUUCACUUAUUGCUCGAGUGGGGAGACUUGCUGUUGUGCCUGGAGUUUUCUCGGGCUAUGUUUUAAUUGGAAAUGUUGUGGGGUAGAUUCGGCCGUGUGUUGCAAGGACCAUAGUCAUUGUUGCCCAAGCGAUUAUCCGGUUUGUGAUACCGCACGAAACUUAUGCCUCAAGCGGACUGGAAAUACUACAUUACCGAAGCCAAUAUCGAAAAAGGGCUCUUUUACGAGUUAG